AAGUUCGUCGAUACGGUUACACGUAACCCGUUGGGUGUCUAACUUGCUCCCCUCGCGCUAGUAACUCGGCAACAGCGUUCUCCCAGUACCUCUAUUUAAGGAGCUGCCCGAGACUAUGUAUGGGAGCAGUUCCAUGCAGUGUUAACAGGUGAAAGUACUUGGGUACAGAGAGGGGUAACUUUUCGUUAAGAAGAGUGUCAUUACAGUGACACCACGGGCACCGAUUUGGGAACCUUUAAUGCAAGUUACGUCACGUAAUCGAUCAGAACGAUAAACAAAGCUCGUAGAGAGUGACCCCUUUUGCCGUUGUGCCGUCCCGCUGGCGGCCGCUAAAUCGUGUGCUUGCUUAGUGUGUAAAUAAGUGCAUGCGCACAAACUACGUAAGAGGUUUACAUUUGUAAAUACACGUAUAACUCGGCACACGCGAAAGAAAAAUAAAAUGUAUACAGAACUCUGAAUACUGACUUGUUCCUGAUAUUACCCAUGCGUUAAACGAUACACCCUUUGAAGGAUUUACGACAGAUUUAAAUUGACGAGUCCGUUGAUAAAAUUAUUGUUUAGAUGUUUACGCCACUCACAAAUAUUUUCGUAUUCCGGAAUAUCACCUACAAGUGUAUGCACAUGAAACAGUGCAAUCGCAAGGUUUCAACAUGUAAUUAUCCGAAACGAAUCUUUUCUGCGAUUCAACCUACCGGGGAUAUUCAUGUAGGUAAUUAUUUGGGCACCAUUAAAAAGUGGGUACAAUUACAGGAUGAAGAGGAAAAUGUUCUUUGGAGUGUAGCUGAUUUGCAUUCUAUGACUAUGCCGCACGAUCCUAAACAAUUACACGGCAGCAUAAUAAGAACGACGGCAACAUUGUUAGCUUGUGGCAUAGACCCUAAAAAGAGUAUACUGUUUCAACAAUCUGCUGUGCCUAUGCACACAGAGUUAUGUUGGGUGCUCGGGUGUGUAACAACUUUAGCGAGAUUAGGGCGUUUACCUCAGUUUAGAGAGAAAAGCAAAACAUUAAAAAAUAUCCCAUUAGGUUUAUACAUCUAUCCUGUUCUACAGGCAGCCGAUAUAUUACUGUAUAGAACAACCCAUGUUCCUUGUGGACAAGAUCAAAUUCAGCAUGUUGAAUUAGCACGAGAGUUAGCAGUCUCGUUUAACAAGAAAUUUGGCUGUAUUUUUUGCAUACCAAAUCCCUUGAUAAAUGAGAAUGCGAGUCAACGAAUAAAAUCUCUGCGCGAUCCUGCAAAGAAAAUGUCUAAAUCGAGCAACGAUCCGAAGAGCAAGAUAAACAUUCUGGAUGAGCCAGACAUUUUGUUAGACAGGAUCAAAAAGGCAAUCACAGAUGUUACAUCCGAGGUAACUUACGAGCCAGAGAAACGUCCUGGCGUCGCCAAUUUGAUCACCAUCCAUUCUGUGCUGACUGGUAAAAUGCCGGAUCAAAUAUGUUUGGAAGUCAAAGGAUUGGACACUGGAAAAUAUAAAUUAUUAUUGGCAGAUUUAAUUAUAGAAAAAUUGCAUCCAAUACGAGAAGAAUUCUCAAGAUUGAUCAAGGAACCGGUAUAUUUGAAUGAAGUGUUGAAAAACGGCAAGGAAAGAGCAACGGAAAUCGCUGAAGUUUGUUGGCACGAAGUUCGAGAUAAAGUGGGCAUCGAAACUGAUGUGUCGCUACGCGUUACGAAAAGGAACAUACAAAGUGUUGUACAAAAAAUAUAAAUGAAUUUCUAUUGA